AUGAAUUAUUCAAAUCCAACAUCUUCUCUGAAUACAUCUGAUUAUUAUGAUGACUAUUAUUAUCCUCACAAUGCCUCCACCUGCAUCAUGGGCAAAAUUAAGACAGUUACAUCUGUAGUUGUCAAGCCUUUACAUUACAGCCUAUUAUUUGUGUUGGGCUUGAUGGGAAACAGCUUGGUCAUUUGGGUCCUAGUAGCUUGCAAGAAACUGACUGACAUAACUGAUGUGUAUUUGCUGAACCUCACCAUCUCUGACCUACUGUUUGUUUUCCCCCUGUCCUUUCUGGCUCACUAUGCUUCAGGGGAAUGUAUUUUUGGAAAUACAAUGUAUAAACUAGUAUGUGGUAGUUACUAUAUUGGUUACCAUGGCAGCAUAUUCUUCAUAACCCUUAUGACCAUUGACAGGUACUUGGCCAUUGUCCAUGCAGUACAUGCUCCCCAAGUUCGAACAAUCUCAUGUGGAAUACUUAUAAGCCUGGCAAUUUGGUCAUUGGCCAUUUUAAUUUCCAUGCCAAACCCUAUAUUCAUCAAGGAGGUCACUGAUAAAAAUGCUACAAAGUGUAUGCCUUAUUACAUCGAUAAUGAUCAACCCUGGAAGCUUUUCACUAAGCUUCAAGUCAGUAUUAUGGGCCUCUUGAUCCCUCUUGGCAUUCUCAUUUUCUGCUACACCCACAUCUUUAAAAACCUGAAGAAAAGCCAGAUCCACAACAGGUGUAAACCAAUUAAGCUGUUUUUUGUCAUUGUCAUUGUGUUUUUCCUAUUCUGGAUGCCCUACAAUAUUGUGCUUUUCCUGGACACUCUGCGAAGCCUGCACAUUAUCGAUGACUGUGAGACAAGCAAAAAGAUAGAUGUUGCUCGAGAAGUGACUGAAGCUUUCUCCUUCAUCCACUGCUGCCUCUCAGCAAUAAUAUAUAGCUAUAUCAACUUUAUUACUUUAGAUGUCUUUAAUGCAUGA